UAUGUCUGGAUAUGCUGUGCCCUGAAGCUAUAUAAACUCCCUCUUUUCCUCCUCCACUCGAGUUACUUGUCAGUCAAGACAAUCACUCUCUGAGAAUCUAGAUCAGUCUAUCUUCUCUACAUUCCUUCGCACAACCCAGUUCAUACCAAUCCCUCAAUCAGUCACCAUGUCUCCCUGCACCUGCAACUGCUGCUCCGGCGAGUGCAACUCUUGCUCUUGCUCUGAUUGCAAGCACUAAAUGCGUCAUAUCACCCCUGAUAUCGACCCGACAAUCCUCAAGACAAGAUCUAUGCCGUGGACUACGAUGAUUUGGGUGGAUUUUGCGCGUAUGGGUGAUGAUGAUGAUGGAUUUUACCUUUUUACUUCUUGCGUCUUCUUUUCUACUUCUGAAUAUAUUUUCUUCUUCUCAUUAAUUGAUUGGUGUCGGGUUGUGCUUUGUUUGAUCAUUUCGGUGGGUGUAGGUGUGGGUGCGAGUGUAGUGGUUACACCGGACUUUAGCAUGAAGCGUCCCUUUCUGCGGUGCUGCAUGUUACAUGACAUUUGCGUGUGGGUAGUGCGAGGUAGUGAGUUUGCAAUGUAUUACAGGUGUCGAGUCGACGUUAGGAAUGGUAUAAGUGGUAAAAUAAGCUUGCCCUUCUGUCUUGUAGUUGUCCCAGGGCCAGGUUAGAUAGACGUUGGUAUGGGGUUCAGAGGCAUGAAAGAGAGCCUAGGCUGCUGUAUAUGUCAAAUUUGAUACCAGGAAUGUCUCAGAGGAAAGUUUGUUAACCUGACUUGG